CGCGCCCCCGACGCGUCCAGGUGGAGUAAAGCGGAUCCGCGGACACGCGCCUCAUCCCGAGUCUCUACAGCUGCAGCGCUCAGUGUGACCAGUGGGUUCGUCCUAUCGCCCGCUCUCCCUCCCAUUCGGCGCCGUCACAGAUGGCCGCCAUGUUGGCGUUGUGUCUCCUGCUGUGUCUACAGCCGGCCGACUCCAGCGCUGCUGCAGGGACGAGACCGAGGAGUCAGACCGGCCCGCGGCUGCAGCUCUCGCACUCAGAGUUGAGCAGCAGCCCGGGGGUCUUCUGGCCGGGUGGCGUGGGCGGCGGCUACGAGACGAUGCUGCUGGACGAGGACCGCGGCUGGCUGCUGGUCGGAGGCAGAGACCACAUCUACCUGCUGAGGCCCGAGCGCCUGGACCUGCCCCCCCGCUCGGUUCACUGGCCGGCCGCCACGGAACACGUGGAGCACUGCAGGCUGGCGGGGAAAAGUCUGGAGACGGAUUGUGCCAACUUUGUCCGUCUGCUGCAGACGUUCAACAGGACUCAUGUCUACGCCUGUGGCACCGGAGCCUUCCACCCACAGUGCACCUACCUGCACGUAGGACACAGCACUGAGGAGCCGUUGUUCAUGUUGUCUCACGAGGUCGAGUCAGGACGAGGAAAAUGUCCCUUCAGUCCCAGAGAGCCGUUCACAGCCAGACUGACUGAUGGUGAACUGUACGCUGGGACCUCGGUCGACUUCAUGGGAGCAAACGCUGCGAUCUUCCGCACGACGAUCCAGGGCAGCAGUCAACACUACAUCCGCACCGAAGCCUACGACCACAACUGGCUGAACGAGCCGGAGUUCGUGGGCUCCUUCUCCAUCCCGGACACUCGCAGUCCCGACGACGACAAGGUUUACUUCUUCUUCAAGGAGAAGGCGGUGGAGGCCGGGCAGUGGGACAAGAGGGUUUAUAGUCGUGUGGCUCGAGUCUGCAAGAACGACGUCGGAGGGAGGAGGAGUCUGAUCAACCGCUGGACGACCUUCCUGAAAGCCCGACUCGUCUGUUCGAUCCCCGGGCCGUCCGGGGUGGACACGCACUUCGAUGAGCUGGAGGACAUUUUUGUUCUGGAAACCAAAGACCCUCAGAAUCCCACCAUCUACGGCGUCUUCAGCACGUCCAGUUCUGUAUUUCGCGGUUCGGCCGUGUGUGUCUACUCCAUGGCGUCGAUCCGUGCAGCUUUCAACGGACCGUUUGCCCAUAAAGAAGGUCCUGACUACCGCUGGGUGGAGUUCAAAGGCCGAAUCCCUUAUCCCAGACCUGGAGCUUGUCCCAGUGAGACCUACGACGCUCUCCACAAGUCCACCAAGGACUUCCCAGACGAGGUGGUGAGCUUCAUGCGGCAGCACCAGCUGAUGUGGGAGCCGGUCCCGCCCCUCGGAGGCAGACCAAUCGUAACCCGGGUCAACGCGCCCUCCAUGUUCAGGAGAGUGGUGGUGGACAGGGUGGAGGCCGAGGACGGACCUUACGACGUCUUACACCUCGGAACAGAUGAUGGGAAGGUGGUGAAGGCGGUGUCGGUCGUCACAGACACCUGGGACCCGGAGGAGAUCAUUCUGGAGGAGCUGAGCGUCUUCAAGAGUCCGACUCCCGUCCUGAGCAUGGAGCUGUCCACCAAGAGGCAGCAGCUGUUCGUGUCCAGCGAGCUCGGCGUGGCCCAGCUGGGGCUCCAGAGGUGCGAGCUGUACGGGACGGACUGUGCUGAGUGCUGUCUGGCCCGGGACCCCUACUGCUCCUGGGAUGGACAGACCUGCUCCAGGUUCUUCCCCAGCAGCAAGAGGCGGGCACGGAGACAGGAUGUGAAGUACGGAGACCCCUGGAGUCAGUGCCCAGUCACCGAGGACGCCUCUGCCUCUGUGGAGGAGAAGUCUCUGUACGGCGUCGAAGGAAACUCCUCCUUCCUGGAGUGCGUUCCUCGGUCGCCUCAGGCCGAGCUCAGGUGGACCAGCAGCUCGCAGACAGCUGAGGACAGACUUCCUCUCAGCGAUAACGAGCGCUCGCUCCACAUGAAGCGUGGGUUGCUGGUUCAACGCCUCGAGCUGGCUGACGCAGGCCUCUACACCUGCACCAGCCACGAGCACUCCUACAGCCAGGUCCUGGCCCGAUACCGCCUUCACAUCAUCCCCAACCACAGCCUCCACCCAGCUGCCCGACACCAGCAGAGCCACGGCCCCGACCACGGGAAGACUGGCCCGGCGGGGGGGGCUCUACCCGUGAUCCCGGGCCCUCGCCCGCCGGCGUCUCUGCCGGGACUCAGGAACUCGUGGCUGCCGCAGCACCGGAGCUACAAGGACCUGCACAUGGUGGGGACCAACAGUCUGAGCGUGGACGAGUACUGUGAGCAGCUGUGGUACCGAGAGAAGCGCCGGCAGCAGAAGCUCCGCACGCUGAAGCUGAAACAGGAGAGCAGGAAAGCUCGGGUGAGGAGGAACAACCCCCCCGAGCGUCCUCUCUAGUCGGCUGCAGGACAGAGACUCAGGACGACAGCUCCUGUGAACUCAGAGGACAUCAACGCUGUGUUUUGGAGCAAAAUGCAUUAAAGACUGAGUGUAAUAUAAAAAGAGAGAGUAGUAUAUACUUAACCAGAAUAUUAGGCACCAUGGAAAUAGCAGUGUAGGAAACGUGACUUGUCUCUGAACUCGUGUUACCAGCAGCGUUCACUGUGGUUUGGAACCAACAGCAGCUGGAACCUGUGGUUCUCUAGGUUCAGAGCAGCAGGACGUCCUCAGGCGUCUGAAUCACAGACUGGAAAUAAAGUAAAGUAAGCAAAGCAUCUCCACUUUCUCCCUCGAUCCAGAAAUCAAGUCCAAACAUCUCACGUACGAACACUUCCACCUCACGAUGAUAACGUCAUUAAGAGUUCUAGUCUGACCCGUGGUAUCCAGGUCGAACCCGUACACUGGCUCGACCAAUCAGGAGUCAGUGUCAGCUGUCAAUCAUCACGUCUCAGCCUGUUUUUAUAUCAUCAAAUAACUGAUUCAAACCAAACUGAUCAGAAACACUUGAACAAACAUCAGAGAGAGAAGAACGACCUGAAAUGACAGAAACAUCUUUGACAAACUUUUAUUUAACGUCUACUUGAUUUUCUGAGUUGAGCAAUUCUGCAGUUCUGCAGCCAGCCACCAGGGGGCAGUUGAGACGAUUUGGCUUCACUUUCGGGAUCUGCCAUGUCGUCCAUCUUUAUUUACAGUCUACGCUCUGAAUUACAAACCAUCUCAUCGCAAAGGCUCCAAGAUUCUUUGGCGUGUGACUUGUUUCAUCAUGGAUCCUUGUUGUUGACACUUUAAAAGACAAAUUCUGUGUCAGAUAUGAUAUUUAUACUAUAUUAAAAUCAACAUGAUCUACAUGUAUUUAUGUAUUGCUGAUCUACACUGAUAAGAUCUAGACCUCAUACUUAUUACAGUGGGUGGAUUAAAGGCCUGAGUGGAGACGCACACAUGAAAUGGACCUUGCUUGAAAAUACCUGGUAUGUGGAUCUUAUCAGUUCUGCCAUGUAACUAAUAAAUAUUAUUCACGAUGAUGUAUAUUAAAGAACUCUAUUUCCUAUGGUUUUCUUCCUUCAUGUGUUAGAGUUUAGUAUUUUGUGUUUAUACUUAAACAAACGUGUGUUUAUCUUUGAAGCAAAUAAAAACAGUUUUUUCGACGUCACGAUUCUCCAAUAACCUUUGAGAUCAAUUUGUUUUAUACUGUAUGUGAAUAAAACACUAAAUGAAAACUUACAUGUCAAAUAAAUC